AUGAGUACCGAAGACAUCGACGAUGGCUAUGAUGGGUCGGACGAAUGGGGAGAGGACAACGAAGACGAACUCAAAUUGCCUGAAAGGCUUCCCAGCGGCUCCGAAAUGAUUGAAUAUGAAACGCGUGUCCCCCCAAUUCUUUACACUUUAGCAGAACACGAUCAUACACAAGGGUUUGGGUCUUUCGAUUUUACACAAGCUGAGCACUUUGAAGCAUUCAAGUUAUGGAAGCCCAGGCGUGUAGGUGCAUAUUUGUCGCGGCCCGAUCUGAUUGGACCAGAAGAAUCAAAAUACAGCAACCGACAUCUUAUGACUGUUGAAUACCAAAAGCUGCUCGCAAAGAAGAAUGGGUACGUCUGCCUCUCAGCUGGGCAAGUGGUACGCCUAGUUAAUACUGUGUCAGAAACCAGAUCACGAAACCAUUUCCCCUACUGGAACUUCCUUUGGAAAUCAGAAAACCUUUCUUCUUUUGCCAAUUCAACGACCUGACGACCAAGUGUUUGAACCUUCCAUGGUCCCGCAAGGUAUCCGAUUUUAUCUGAGCGUAUCAGAAUUGGAUUCAGAGAAUGACCGCGAAGAGGUCAACCACAAAAGUUCAAGAAUACCAACAUCACUAUAUUCAGACAAGGAGUCUGACACAAGAGACGAUGUUUUGUCGGAAAUUGAUACCGAUUCUGGUGUUCGGGACGACUUUGACUGGGACGAGUUUGAUUUUGGGGACUCGGAUGUAAGCGAAGAAAAUGAGUCGGAAGUUGAUAGCGAUACUGAUAGUUGGAGCGACUCCUUUGGUUACAAACUUGAAAUACGCUGCAUAAGAGUUUGUAUCGGGGGUAAGCGUACGAUGGCUUGUCCUCGCCAUCCAUUUGCGGAGAAGGGGUCUAGCCACCUUUUCCCCUGCGAUUGUACACUCCAAGAAUUCGCAGACUACGCCUUUAUUAGACGCCUUUCACACGUCAGCCAUCAAGUUUCGCGCGAGGUUGGUACCGUCAUAUGGCAAAAUGCAGUACUUGAGGUUGAUGAGCUCUAUGCCUUGCCCGCUUUCGCCAGGCACCAUCCCGCAGCUUUGCCACAUAUUCGAGGACUGGUACUUCCACUGAGAUAUAUGAAAUGGCAUACGGAUACGCAAACAGAGGACCUUUCUGCAGCAUGCGAAUUCAUUCGUCGAUAUUUAACGUUGACCUUUCUCUCAGUCAACUUUCAAAGCAUGCCACAUCUUCUUAGUGGAGUUCUUAAGGGAAGAAGGAAGCGGAAGUGGACCCAGAUGCUGAGGAAAUGGAAGCUCAGCUUUGAAUUCCACAUCAUUGUAGCACUAAGUGGCCGCGGUAACAUGAAGCCUCCCAGAGGCUCGGUGGAGCGUCUUCGAGCUCUUUGGUUGCCGAAAUGUCUGGCGAAUGGCACGGAAUUAGAGGAAUAUUAUGAUCUCUGGGACAGGAAGAAUACUGCAAAGGAAAGAAAGCGGUUCCAUAUAUACGGGAUGUACGGGACGAGGGAAACGGAAGGCAGUUACCAAUUGCGUGUUGUUGAGUGUAACAAGCUAGGCUUGCAGCAAAGUAGCCCUACGAGCAAAAGGCAUUUUGAGGUGGACGGAAAUGUACUUGGAAUGGAGAACAUAGAGAAAGAGGUGUUGGAAAGUGAGGACUACUAG